GGUGCGUCAUUUGUGCAUGUACUUUUCUGUUUUCCUAUCUCCAAUGUUUUGUACUUAGUACUAACGAGUAAUUUCUCAAAGCUAUUUUAAUUUUUGAUUAUUAUUAACCUAUAGUUAUGUAGAUAUUUUAAGUCAAAGAUGUCUUUGAGUGUGUGUGUACAUCAUCUGUACUAUUAAGUUUGGACAAAAAUAAAAACAAGAAGGAUAUGAAUUGUUUUCUGAAUGAAUAACCACUUCAAACUUGUGUUAUUAUUUAAUUGCAGAAAGGUUUAACUACACUUCAAUAUUUCAGGUGAAGAUUUAGUGCAGUGCGUGCCUACAAGGAAAGGACAUCACAUUUUGUUUAAAGGAUACACUUAUGUAUUCAAGAGUAGGUUGCAGUGCGGCGCCGAGCAAUGGUGUUGCUCAUAUAGACAGAAAACUGGUUGUAUAUCUGUUAUUAAUAUGCAGGCUUAUGGUGUAGAAGUUUUAAGAGAUUUUCAUAAUCAUAAGAAGCCUAUGUUUUCUGAUGGGCUUUAAGAAGCAUAUCAAUGAUACAAUAUAAUUUUUACAAAGUUUACAAGGGUGGUAGUAUUAUUUGAAAACCUUUUACGUAAGAGCUUUUUUAUCUCUUAUUGUCUAGUUAUUAAUAUUAUUAAACAAAAAUUGUUUAAUUGAAUCUAAUAGAUUUGUUAACUUUUACAGUGCAGUGCUUAUUAAAAAUCAUUAAAAUGUUUAAAGUGAGCUCUAUGUUAAUAUUAAAAUAUUUAUAGUACUUCUCUAAUGUUCCCAGCUAUAUAUAUAGCUGAAUUCCAAAGGAUAGAAAUGAAAUUGUAAAUUGACUUAAUAUAUUGUCAGUAUAUCUUUUUAAAAUAUGUAUGGAUCAGUUCCUUCUAUUUCGUUUAUAAAAUAUUUAUUAGAACUUAAAUGAUUUUGCUAAUAUAAAUUUUCCUACAAUACACUUUUUUUCAUUUUUGUAACCAUUUUAUGUAUUUAAAAUAAAUAAAUAUCAUUUUAAAAAUGACUUUUAAUUUUCAACAAUUUAAUGAGUUUUAUGGUCGUACUUAUAAUCAUUUACUCUAAAGUAUUAAUUAUCUCUAUACCUGUCUUUUUCUAUUGUCAUUAAGUGAAGGGACAGACAGUAACUUUAAGUAUUAGUCAAAUUGACAUAGAUUUAUAUGAGUAUGACCAUUGUUGUUUAAAAUUAAGUAUAUAGUGACUAAUAAUUUAUAUUUAUAAUUAAGCUUUAGCCCUUAUGUAUACCAUAAUAGCAUAGUACUAUGGUAUACUUAUAAAAAUGAAUAAAUGUUCUUAUAAAAUAUUAUUAAUUUGUUUAAUGUCUUAAAUAUCAUAUAAUAUCAAUAUAUAAUUUUGCCCUAGUUGUAAAUGUACUGUUUGUAACCAUUUCACUCUUCAAAGUUAAUUUGAUUACAGAUAUUCAGUUGCCGGAGUGGGUUUCUAUCUACUUUGUAAAAGUUACAGAUAAUGAAUAUAAAUGUAAUGUAUGCGAAGCUUUAAUAAAAACAGAUGAGAAAUCAUUACAAUUAUUAAAGCAUAUAAAACAAAACCACAAAGAAGUUUAUGAACUUCAUAAAGGCACUUCUGAUAAUACUGUUGGAUUUCAUAUUGAGUUUCUUCAUGUGGACAUGUUAAAAGAUGACGGAGACCCCAAAACUCAGCCUGUGAUACUGGGAGAGGUGUGUGAAGCAACUACAGAUGAAAUUGCUAAAACCAAGGAAGAAGAUGGUGUUGCAGAUAUGCAAUAUGUAUUAAUACCAAAGAAGAAGAAACGAGAUUCUGCAGAGAACAGAAGAAGAAGUUGGGUGUGGAAGUAUUUCAAUAAACUAAGCAACAUUAUAUACCGUUGCAAUCUUUGCAGUGUUGUUCUCUCAAUAAAAGGUUGCAACACUAACAACAUGAACCGUCAUGUCCGAACUAGGCAUCCUAGUGUUUAUAAAUCUGAAAUAGAGCGGAAGAAGGACUCCGAUCAGAUAGAUAAUAUGAGUGAAAUAGAAACACCUUACAGCAUCGGGGCAGAAGACAUUAAAGCAAAUGAUAAGGAGCUUGAUGAAUCUUAUGGGCAAAAAAUGAGAUGACGGAUUCUGUUACGCCGCAACCAUAUGGCUCUUUAAUUUGUUUUUAGAUGAGUAACUAUUUAGUUUUUUGACUAGUUUAUAUGACUGCUCGUUGAUCUUGUGGUCGUAAGCACAGCUGUUGAUGAGUUCGAAUCUCCGGUCUGGCCAAAAUCAAUUAUUAAGUUUUUCUGUUAAGACAUUCUCAGUAACUGCCCAGAGUCAGAUAUUUGGCGAUGUUUCACCCCCCCUGUGCCUCGGAAAGCACGUAAAGUCGUUGGUCCUGCGCCUCACCUCUCCAAUCGUGCUGAAUUGUCGGACUAUGAGUGAGGGAAUAGUGUGCACUUGUGCUUUGCGCAUACACUCAGGCACUAUAACCUUGUCCUGCCCUGAUGGCUAGUCUCCGUUGAGACUAGUCGCCAUGACCAAUAUUUGGUCGGAAGGAUAUUAAAAUAAUCAUAAAUAGAUCAAAAAAGCCCAGGAGAUGAUUUUUAAGUUUUGGUAAUCAAGAAAAAUUUUGGCUAUAACUUAUCAAAGGUUUUUGAUUGUAUCGUAUUAUUAUACUUAUUAUAAGCCAGUGCUUUAAUCCCACCUGAUGUUAAGUGGUGACAAAGUCGGAGAUGGUAAAUUGAACUCUCUCAUCGUAAAAAAUCUAUUCACUCUUACCUUGAAGACACCCGAAUUGUAAUCGCAAGGACGUAUUAAUAAACAAUAUGUGUGACUAUUCCAGAGUGCUUAAGUCAAAAGCAACGUCGCAGUUGGAUUUGGUCUUAUUUCAAUCGCAUCACGUCUACGCUGGCGCAAUGCAAACUUUGCAACCGGAACAUCAGCCACGGCGGCAACGCCACCGGGAAUAUGAACCGGCACCUCAAGAUGGUGCACCAUAAAACUGCAGAAGACAACGGCUGGGUGUGGAAAGUCUUCGAGAGCAUCGAGGACGACUUCUACUCGUGUAAAAUAUGUCAAUACAAGUGCAUGAAGUUCGAAGAAAUCGAGAGAAGCGUUACGUGCAUAUUGCAUCAUCUAAAGGCAGAGCAUGGAGUAAUAUCGGGCGAUCAGAUUAUAACCGGCACGGAAUACGAGGGUGACGAGAUCAACUGAUGGAAAAUUCCACUUAUGAAUAGGAUGAAUCAAGUUUAAAGUGAUUUAUUAUUUGGUUUUGGUUUAGGUAUGACCGGGGCAGUGCAGUUACCCAACUGCAUUUUAAUUUAUCUAUUAUUAUUUUUUCCUUGAUCUCUGUCGUUAAUGCUAUUGGAUUUAGUUUUUAAAGCAUCACGAAUUAAGCACACGAAACAAAACUAUCAACUAAGAAUUAAACUACCCUCCAUUGGUACGUUUCUAUGGCGCAUUGUCUGAAUACAAAUCAUCAAAAUUGUGUUAAUACCUAUUUUUGCGAUAUCUUACUACAUAAUUUUAAUUUUUAAUUAUUAUAAAAUAUAUAUAACUAAACAAACUGUAUAUUCUUCUAUGUCCAAUAUAUAGAUAGGUAUGAAUGUUGUAGAUAUAUUUUCUAAAUUAUCAAAUAAACUUAAGCAUUGGAAUGUUUUUUAG